CAUUCUGGGCGAAGAAGCCAUGUUGAUAUUUUCUUUCUUUUUUCGUCAUGUACCGACUCACAUGUAUUUGAGAACGAGAAACGAACACGAAAGAAACCACGAGAAAUAUGGUGGUUGGAAGAGGAUUUUAGAUGGUGUUCUUUUGUUCUUGCAGAAUAGUGGUGGAAUAUUAACAAAUGUUUAAGUGUGCUCUUUGAAAUCUUUUUUAAAACACAGGAUAAGACCUUGGAAAAUGUCUUCAAUGCAUUUUGUGGUUCAUCCUUUGCCUGGCACAGAGGAUCAAUUGAUAGACAGGCUAAAGGAAGUUGCUGACCGUUGGAAUAGAUAUGGGACAGGUGCAGGAUCGUCGGCUCUCAGUUCACUGCGAGGAGUACGUGCAGUGGCCGCCGGUCCAGCACAUAUCGCUUGUCUGCUGGAAGAUGGUACUAUCUGCCGUGCCGCCUUCUCCAUAAUUCCAGAUAGAUUGGACUUGAGUAAAACCGACGCUAGUAAGAAUGGGGGUAAUGGUGGAGGUGGCAGUGGCGGCGGAGGCACGAGUGGAGGCAAGCAAGGGGGCAGUGGCGGGGGUUGUGGCUCGCGUCAGCAACCACGCACUAGGGCCCGUAUUAUGAGGAACUCUAUUCGAGCUACUCCUAGUUCGCAAGGAUCUACAAGCCGUGCAACGGGUGUAAUAAUUGGAGCAUCAGGUUCAGGACGAGUCGUUUCUGUUCCCGCGCCAUUUGUCCCGGAAGAUCUUGUCACACAGGCUCAAGUAGUCCUACAAGGAAAGAGCAGGAGUCUCAUUAUUAGGGAGUUACAGCGAACAAACUUGGACGUGAAUUUGGCGGUGAACAACUUGCUGUCGCGCGACGACGAGGAGGGCGAGGAACCGGAAGGCGGUGAGGGAGGCGAUGGCUACGUGCCCGAGGACCUCAUCUCGCUGUUGGACGGCGGCUUCCACGCCGCGCAGCAGGAUCACUCCGUCAUCAUCGACGCGGACACCAUGUUUUCUGAGGACAUCUUCGGGUACGCGGCUAUCAGAAGUCGCAGUGGUGGCGGCGGCGGCAGCAGCGGCGGUCGCGGAGGCGCCAGUCGCGAGAGCAGCAGCUCCACUCAGGAGCGCCCCUCAGAGUUCAGUCGGUGGCGCGAACGUCAGUACUUUGGGCCACGUCGGUGGCUCGAAUCGGCUCUGCGCGAUACCUCUUGGGACAAGGACGGAGGUAAUAAUGAUGGAGCUGAGAGCAAGAAAAAGGAUUCUUCGAUUGCGGCGUCACCACUUUGGGUGUCUGAAGAGUUGGAGUACUGGGACAGUAACAUACGUUUCACCCAUAUCGCGGCCACGUACAGUGAGCUUAUCGCGAUCUCGACUCAGGGUCAACUGCACCAGUGGCGCUGGGCUGAUGCUCAUCCUUACCAACGCAAUGAUGCAUCAGGAUCGGUGAGUGCCUAUCACCCUCGCUCCACCUGGUUGGGCAUGGCUCCCGGCGAGCGAGUAAUUAACAUCAGCGCAGCCGGCAUCCGCAUCUCAGUCCUUACUGACACUGGCAGGAUUGCCACUUUCCUUGACGAAUCUAUCGCUCAUGCUCCUGGGGCUUCACGUCUCGAACAUCCUCUUCAGACGUUUAUGGAGUUUGGAUCUGAUAAGGCAAUCUCUCUCCACGUAUGUUCUUUGUAUACCGUCGCGAGAUUGGACUCUGGAGCGCUGUAUUGGUGGGGAGUCCUUCCAUUGGGGCAGCGAGCUCGUCUCUGGGAGAAACAUCGUGCGCGCUCUCGCAAGCAGCAGCGCGGACACUCGUCUACGGCGCCGCAAGACUUGCAGGCCGGACAAAGCGUUACUAUGAAGAAUGCGCCCAUGUACCAACCCGGCGCCGUCGGAUUCAAUAUGUCGACCGGAGUGCCAAAAGUCGGGGUUCUGCAGAAUGCUGCUUGGAACCUAUCUGACAUGUGUCGGUUCAAGUUGUUACCGCCACCUCAACCUGACCGUUCCGUCUCUGAUAAAGACAAGAGGGAUUUACAGAAUCAGUCGCCUCUAACAGUUUCGUCUGUGAAAGCUUCGUCUUCAAGCAGCAACAGCAAGGAUGGCGCUAAGGAUAGCAACAAGGACAUGGCUGAUAGGCUUGACAUGCCGCCGCCGCCCAGCCCAGCGUCUUCCACUUGCAGUGACACCAGCACAUCACACAAACGCGCCAAGCGCGUAACUGUACGCGGCGAAGAAGGCUCUUCUAAUGACGGUUCUAAACGUGACGAGGAGGAAUGGCCGCUAAAGGAGGUCGUAUUCCUGGAAGACGUAAAGAGUGUGCCAUUAGGGCGAGUGCUCAAAGUGGACGGAGCUUACGCCGCUGUGAGGUUCCCUACCAUCGGCAAGGACGGCAAGGAGGUUGUGCCAUCGACCCCCGAUGAUCUGUCGACGCUGCUGCAAGACUGCCGUCUUGUUCGCAAAGAUGACUUGGUAGCUGUCAAGUGGGGAGUGGGCGGAGCCGCCGGGCCUCGCGGACCUGACUGUCUGCAGCGCUCGCCGAGGAAGAUUGCCCUGCCACCUGAUGUACAAGUUAUCACUAUUGCCGUGGACAGCCGCGGCGUGCACGCGGUGGUGCGUCGGGCGGGCGGCGCGCUGGCGUACGCCGUGUACGCCGUGGGCACCACGCGCGCGCUCACCGACAGCGCCUUCCCCACCGACAACAGCGCGCUGCUCGGAUACUCCAACGGGCAGGCCAUACAACUCGCCACCGCUGCUGAGGGCAGCGAGCCAGUGGUAAUGAUGGUGGACGGCAACGGCGCCCUGUACCCGGUGUCGCGCGACUGCGUGGGCAUGGUGCGCGAGCCGCCGCCGCUCAACCUGCCGCCCGCCCGCGCGCUGGCCGCGCACGCGCUGCCGCUGCACCCGCACGCCGCCGCCGCCGCCGCCGCGCACCCGCACCACACCGCGCUCAAGUCGCAGGUUGCGCUGAUUAUCUUAGUGCCGGAGCCGCAGCUCAUGAUGCCGCGCGUGCUUCGCUGCGACCUCGACGGCGUACGUCAAUUGUUGCACCAACUCGAAUCUGACUCCAACAAACAACAGAUCUUGUCCAUAUUACAAGAGCGUUGCGAUGGCAACAGGAAUAUUCUACACGCGUGCGUACAUAUGUGCGCGCCUACAUCUAACAAGGAACCUGAUAUAGUGGAAAACGCUUCGAUGCCCAAUUUAGCGGGUGGAACGAGCUCGGGAGGCGCUGGCGCUGAGGAGUCGGUGCCCGCCAUCUCCUGGCCGCCAGAGACCUUCGAGGCCUCCGGAGACGAAGACAGCUUGAUGGGACUCACCAACAAUGGUAAAAUGUCUGGCGGUGGUAACAGUGGCGGCGGCGCGGUGAGCGCGGACCCGGCGGAGCGGCGCGGCAACGCGCUGGCGGCCUUGCGGGCCCUCUGCGAGAGCUCGCUGCUGCAGCCCUUCCUCAUGCAGCUCCUCACCGCCAAGGAUGGAAUGGGCCAGACUCCACUGAUGGCCGCGGUAGCAGAACGCGCAUACCGUGCGGCCCUUGUAAUACUGGAUGCCAUUCGUGCCUGCCCCGAAGCGGACGAAGCACAACGCUCGGCCGCCAUCUUCCCGCCCAACGCCAGCCCAGACCAUUCGCCACUGCUGGUACUCUGCUGCAAUGACACCUGCAGCUUCACUUGGACAGGACAGGAGCAUAUUAAUCAGGAUAUAUUCGAGUGCAAAACGUGCGGUCUGACAGGAUCCCUUUGCUGCUGCACUGAAUGUGCUAAGGUAUGCCAUAAAGGCCAUGACUGCAAGCUAAAGCGGACGUCUCCGACGGCGUAUUGCGAUUGCUGGGAGAAGUGUCGCUGCAAGGCACUCGUCGGCGGCAACUGGACCGCGCGCUGUGACCUACUCGCGAGGCUCGCUAGAGACACGUCACUUGCUACACAUUUCAACUCAAGGGGUGAAUCGAUCCUCCUGUUCCUAGUUCAGACAGUUGGACGUCAAGCGGUGGAACAGCGCCAGUUCCGCGCCGGUGGAGGGCGCGGUCGCGGCCCUCGCAAGCAGCCUGGCUCUGACGCUGAAGUAGACGCUCCAGACCAUGACCUUGAACCGCCCAAGUUCGCCAGAAGGGCGUUACUGCAUUUAUUGGGUGAUUGGCCGGCUGUUGAAGCUGCCGUAAUGUGUGGCGCCAGUGGUGCUGCGGGAGAAUCCGAGAGUCGUCCCAGUAGCCCUUCGCCCUCACAGUCCGGCACCACGCUGUUAGACAAGUUCACGCAUGCGCUCAUUGUUAAGUGCACUAAUGAGAUGCUGGACACCCUGCUACAUACUUUGAUUCGUGAGCAACAAAAUGAUACAAUUCCGGGUCGUGCUGAACGUGCGCGUGAAGUGGCGCGACGUUUCGUGCGUUCCGUUGCUAGAAUAUUCGUCAUAUUCAGCGUAGAGAUGGCUCCGGGAGCGGCUAAGAAGAAAGGACCUCUAUCGAUCACAUCAUCUCUGGUCCGAUGUCGUCGAGUAUUCGCCGCGCUAGUCGCGCUCGCUGUGGAAGAACUAGUAGAGGCGGCCGACGCACUGCUUGCCCCGGUACGACUAGGUGUCGUGCGUCCCACAGCUCCGUUCCCGCUAGCGACCACCUAUGUGGACCUCGUGAACGGCAGCGAAGACUUGUUCGGCGUCGAACCUCUUUCUACUGGACAUUCGAGGCUUGCACAUGCGCGCAGAGAGUCGACGGCUGGCGGCGGUCGCGGCGCGGUGGCGGGCGGCACCUCGAUGGGCAGCUCCACGCUGGUGCCGGACCGCUCGUCCACGCCGGUGGCCACCGAGUACGCCGACGACGUCGCGGGCGAAGCGCUCGGCGCUGACGACGACGCCUCCGAGACUGACGAGCCCGGAGCACCCGCGCCCAACCACGGCCAGCAUGCCGCGCAGCCGCAGGAUAAUCAACAUCAUGAUGAUGCUAUGGCCGACAGAGGUCAAGAACAACACGUAGUCGUGGAGAACGGCACGGAACGCGCUGAAGGCGGCGAGAGUGAGAGCGAGUUGGACUUGUUAGCCGAAGUGGAAACUGAGAGCGACUCUGAUGAUCAGGACAACGGGGAGUCUGCUCAACGCAGCGUCCAGACCGGGGCCACGCAAGGUUCCGACGCCGGUAUUGCAUCGCUGCUGCUAUACCCUGAUGACGAGAGCGGCGACUCUACCCAGCCUGAGGACGAAGACUCCGAGGCAGGCGAGACUGACGAACAGGACGGAGAAGCCGAGCCGCCGCUACACGACGGCGAAACCCUCGAGAGACGCGCCGCUCCGCCUGCGCGGCCCAACCUAGCACCGCAUUCCAUGCAGUGGGCCAUACGCAGAUCUCGCGAGACAGCUCGCGGCACGAGCGGCAGCACGGGCGGCGUCCGACUGACGGGCAGCUCGUCGCUGGUGUUCAUCGACCCCGCGUCGCUGCGCCGCUCGGCUGCGGCCGCGGCUGGUGCCCACGACCCGCAUUCCACCUCCACUACUGCUUCUUGCCUCGCUAGAGCUUUUGGCAUCGUGAUCCGUCAGAUAGCGGACUUACUCUGGGAGUAUGAGCGAGUAACAUUGCCAUUACCGCGAAUGGUGCCGCUGGCAUAUCGCGAGGCGCUGCGCCUGCAGUGCUACCUCGAACGACAACUCAAACCCACAUGGGACUGGCUAGUCACUGUAAUGGACGCCACUGAAGCACAACUAAGAUUCGGUGCGUCACUGACUUCUAACAAUGCAAGUACCUCGACGGGCGACAGCGGUCGGUCUGCAGCGCCGGCUACUCGCCGCACUACAUCACUGACGUCACCAGCUACUCGCAUUAUAGGCUUUUCUGAAGGACCCAGAGCGCGGGAUCGCGAACAAGGUGUGGAAGCGGGCAGCGCGCGUCGCGAGUUCCUGGCGUACUGCCUGUCGCUGCUCCGCGCACACAGCGCCGAGCACGCGGAGCAGCUGCCCGUGCUGGACGUGGCGGCGCUCAAGCACGUGGCCUACGUGCUCGACGCGCUCGUCUACUACAUGCGCGCCGCGCAGCCGCAGCCGCACCACCACCACCAUCUCUGGACACCGGACGAAAAUGAAAACGAAGAAGGCGACGAAGAGAUGGUAGUGGGCGGCGGAACUGCGGCCGAGUCCGACAGCGAGGGCGAGGGGGCUCGCGGCCGAGCGCAUGCCUUCUUCCAGCGAUCCGACUCUACCCUGUGUCUUGGCUGUCCUCCGCCGGAUCCCUUCAACAUGACUAUGCAAGACGCACUACCGCUAGCUGAUCAGCCGCAACUCCUUCAACCGAACGCUCGUCGUGAGGAAUUGUUCGGAAUGCCUCGACAGCCCGUUACCGUGCCCGCCUCCGGUGACGCGCCGCCCGGUGUGAACAACCCGCUAGAAGGUAACAUUGCACUGGUUCCUCGACGCCUGGGCCUGUCGACACGCGGGACUGACCGCGGCUGGUCGCCGCCAGCCCGACCCGCGUCUGCACCACCUACUCACACCCAUACGCUGACUAGAGACGAGCCACAGGACCUAUCUUGUGCGAAAGACGCAUCCACUAAAAUGGACAUUGACACUGAUGGUGAAUACUUAUCUGACUCUGAUUCUAACGAAGCCCGACAGAUUCCAAGAAAGAAGCACCACAGACAUCCACAUUCAGUCAACCUGACGACUGGAAACAGUUCCAUGCAUGACUCCAUGGCGCAGCCGUCUGAGUUCCACACACUAGUAGACACAGCUUGUUCUAUCAUUGAAGCGCCUCAUCAGCAGAACAUCUCAGCGUCUCCAUCGCCAGGACCAAGCGGCUCCAACACAGUGGUAGCAGAAGCCCGCGCCUCGUCGUCCCGAAGCCCCGGCAAGACUGUUAUUGUACGUGCUGGCGAGCUGUUAAGUGCAGCAGAUCCACUAGAGUCUCAGGAGAUAUCAGCUCACGUGACGGUGGAGACCACCGGCUUACCGCCGCCACCACUCUUGCCAACUCUUACUGCACCGGCUCAACCCCGCGCGUGUCCAUCAUUAGGCGCAUCUGUGUCCCACGAUCUCCUCCUGGGCAGAUGGCGCCUGUCUCUAGACCUGUUCGGACGUGUAUUCACUGAGGAUGUAGGCCUGGAGCCUGGCUCCGUGGUUGCUGAGCUCGGCGGCUUCCCUCUCAAAGAGGUGAAGUUCCGCAGAGACAUGGAAAAGCUCAGGAAUUCACAACAGAGGGAUUUGACGUUACAUAAGAUGGAACGUGACCGUGCCAAGUUGCUGCAACAAACGUUUGCGGAGUUGAACAGCGCCUUCGCGGGGCAGAACAGGCGAGCACACAGUGCUCAGCCGCCGCUGGCCGUCAACCGCGUCAAGGUGACCUUCCGCGACGAGCCCGGCGAGGGCAGCGGCGUCGCUCGCUCCUUCUACACCAGUGUCGCUGAGGCGUUAUUAGCAAACGAGAAGCUCCCGCCUUUGGAGCCCGCGACCGGCAGCGGAACAACGAGUAGCAGUACCAACGGCACGUCAGGAUCUGCCAACACCAACGCCGGCGGAGCGAGCAGUAACAGCGGAGCUCGGAGUGGAGCGGGUCGCGCAAGGUCUAAAGACGCGGCGCGGCGAACUCCCGGCCGGCCCGCGCCGCGCCCGCCUGCAUCACGCGAGCCGCGCAGAGUGCUCAGCGUCGACGCGAGGCCCUAUUCGCCACAGGCUGCUCCCGGUACGGAAGGCGCUGGUUACAGCGGUGACAGACCCGGUGGACAUAACGAACAUCUCACAUUGCACCAGGCACAACUUGGCGAACGACUGUAUCCUAGGGUUCAUUCAUUACACCCGACUUUUGCGGGCAAGAUUACUGGCAUGUUAUUAGAAUUGACGCCGGCACAGUUGCUUGUGCUGCUUGCUAGCGAAGAUGCGUUGCGACAGAAAGUGCGCGAAGCCAUGGAUCUCAUAGUCAUGCAUCCUUCCGAAGCUAUACUAGAUUUAGACGUAUUCUCGCUGUCGGAGCGCGGCGGCGGCGGCGCGAGCGGCGCGGGCGCGGGCGCGGCGGGCACGUCGGGAAGCGCGCCGGCGCCGGCCGACGACGCGGCGCCGCUGUUCUACUCGCCCGGCAAGCGCGGCUACUACUCGCCGCGCCAGGGACGCGCCACUCCCGAACGUAUUAACGCUUUUAGAAAUGUUGGCAGGAUAAUCGGAUUAUGCCUCCUUCAAAACGAACUUUGUCCAAUGUUCCUAAAUAGACACGUCCUCAAAUAUAUUUUGGCUCGACCGGUGAGGUUCCACGACCUCGCAUUCUUCGAUCCGGUAGUCUACGAGAGUCUUCGACAGUUAGUUGUAGAUGCUGAGACAGGAGACUCGCAUUCCCUUUUUGCUGCUUUAGAUCUCAACUUUAGUUUGGAAAUGUGUGAAGAAGAAGGUGGUGGUUGUGUGGAGCUGGUGCCUGGCGGACGCGACAUCGAAGUGACCGCGCUCAACGUGUAUGACUACGUGCGCAAGUACGCACAGCAUCGGAUGCUGCUCUCACAAGAGAAGGCCCUUGAGGCAAUGCGCGUUGGUGUACUCGACGUGCUUCCCGAAUCUGCGUUAGAAGGCUUGACUGCGGAAGACUUGAGGCUGUUGCUAAAUGGAGUAGGAGACAUUAACGUGGCUGCUUUGGUGUCUUACACCAGCUUUAACGAUGAGAGCGGGGAGCCCUCCGAGCGACUUGCGCGUUUCAAGCGCUGGCUGUGGGCAAUCGUAGAUAAGAUGACUCAUUUGGAGCGUCAGGAUUUGGUGUAUUUCUGGACCGGGUCCCCUGCGCUGCCCGCCUCCGAGGAAGGCUUCCAGCCGAUGCCGUCGGUGACCAUCCGGCCGGCAGACGACGCGCACCUGCCCACCGCCAACACGUGCAUAUCGCGCCUCUACAUCCCGCUGUACUCCUCGCGACAUGUGCUCAAGCAUAAAUUACUGCUUGCCAUCAAAACCAAGAACUUUGGCUUCGUCUAGACACUCGCCACUAUUUGUUAUGUAUAUCCUUAAGUUUAAGCCCAGUCAUGUAAGACUGCCGCUGUAUUCUGUCACUUUGUAAAAGUUUAGAGAAAUUCCGUGUCUAUAAAGAGUACUAUCUUAGAGCUUACUUUAUUAAAACCUUGAAUUGUAUUAACUUCUCGUACGGACAUACUGGUGUAUAUUUAUUUAUAUUAGAUCUUUUUAAUUGACGAAUAUUUAAUUCUAUAUGACUGGGUGUAUUUGACUGAAUAGUAAUAUUCAAUAUGCAGUAAUUUUUGUUAGAAAAAAGGCCCAAGAACGGUCCGCACAAGUACAUAGUAAUUGUUAAACUUUUAAGCUCAUAGACCAUAAGUAUUUAACUGUUAUUUAAAAGAAACCUAUAGAAAUCGCAAUUCUAUAUACAUACCAAUAUUACUUGAAAGUUGAUUUAAAUCAAAGAUCAACAUUUUUUUACUUAUUUUCUAAAUUGUUUUAUUUAUCUUUUUCUCAACUUAUUUUUGAUAAAGGCCUAAGUUAACCUGCAUUUCUUUGCUCUCUGAAGAGACACAACACUAUGGAGCAUAAAAAUAUUCAAGAAUAUUUCAAUUGUUUAUAUAGCUUUGUUAUAUAGUAAAAAUUAUAUAAGAUAAUACAGUAUGAUGGGUAUACUGCUAUAAUACUUUGGGAAGCUUGGAUAGAGAGGCGUCGGGUCCGAGCGAUGGUGGUAUUGUGAUAUCAGAGGAAGUAUUUUGCGCCUCAAUCUCUAAAUUUAAGAUUAUAAUUAGAUUUCCUUUGAUUAGUUGUAUUAAUACGGUUCAUAAUAAACAAUCUCAAAACGCUUA